AUGGCGAUUAUCUCUGAGAUGCAGGAGGAGAAACCCUCGUUGCCGUUCAAGGCAAGUUUUGAACCGUCAAACCCAUUAGGGUUUUUGGAGAAAGUCCUCGACUUUAUUGGGAAAGAGAGCGACUUUCUGAUGAAAGACACGGCGGAGAAGGAGAUCUCCACUGUUGUUAAGGCCGCGAAGGAGAAAUUGAAGCAAGCGGAGAAGAAGAAGGCCGAGAAGGAGAGCUUGAAGCCCGUGGAGAAGGAGAGCUUGAAGCCCGUGGAGAAGGAGAGCUCGAAGCCCGUGGAGAAGAAGCUGAAGCAGGAGAGUGUGCCUCCGGUGGAGCCCAUGGAGGUGGAUAAGCCCAAGGAGGAAGAGAAAAAAGAAGGUGGUCCUAUCGUUCCUAACAAAGGGAAUGGGCUUGAUUUUGAGAAGUACUCAUGGACGCAGAAUCUCCAGGAGGUCACUGUUACCAUUCCAGUGCCUGAGGGAACUAAAUCACGCUCUGUUACCUGUGAAAUCAAGAAGAACCGUAUUAAAGUUGGUCUCAAAGGGCAAGAACCAAUCAUCGAUGGAGAAUUCUUCCACACUGUCAAGCCUGACGACUGCUUCUGGAAUAUUGAGGAUCAAAAGGUGAUAUCGGUGCUCUUGACAAAGCUUGACCAGAUGGAGUGGUGGAAAUACUGUGUGAAGGGAGAGCCUGAGAUUGACACUCAGAAGGUUGAGCCAGAGAGCAGCAAGCUUGCGGAUCUCGACCCUGAAACUCGCAGCAGCGUUGAGAAGAUGAUGUUUGAUCAGAGGCAGAAGCAGAUGGGACUCCCAACGAGCGAUGAGAUUGAGAAGAAAGAUAUGAUGAAGAAGUUCAUGGCUCAGCAUCCAGAGAUGAACUUCUCUAAUGCAAAGUUUAACUGA